UUACAACUGCAAACUUUGGAAUUAUUUGUGAACACAAAUCUUUCAUUUUAUUGAACAAGAAAGUGACUGCUGUCAUAGGAGUAUAAAAACAUUGAGUGCAUAUUUUUACCACCAUUUUAUAGUUCAAUCAGUUAUCAAUGUAUAUGCUAAAUGCACAACAUAUACAUAUAUUGCCAAUUAGCACCUCAUGAGUUGUUACUUGGCCUAGAACUAAUUAGGCUUUAUGGGCUUUAUAAAUCUAACUAAAAUGAACUCAAUAAUGAAAUAUUGCUUCCUUAACAUUAUGUGAAGCUCACAAGGUUGAGUGUUUGUGUCAAGUGAACAUACAGUUUUUAUGUGAUUCUAACAGUCCUGAACAUUUGUGUGUAAAAUGUUGUGUCAUGGAUGGAUUGUGGUUUACAGUGUGGGCUGUAGGCGCAGUGUAGACUGUAUGUGUGUUUGUGCACUGCAUGUAUGUUAGUGUACACAUCUAAGGCAGAAAUUACACACACCCAUCUUUCCUCCAAACACAUGAGAAGUGUUGGUUUUGUUCCCCAUCCAGGCUUGGAGACUGGAUGAAGCAGCGAGCCCACUGCACUUGGAGCUAUAAUCUCGCGAGAACGACUCCUCGCAGCGGUGCCAGGGCGAUGCGAUGCGAUGCUGUUGCUGUGGGUUUGAUUGACAGGAAACAUGUCGGUGUGGUGGGAGCGAACCGGGAUGCAGCUGCUACCACGGGAGACAGGGAGUACCUGCAUCCAGUCCACACAUCAGCACCUUUAAAACCACCAGGCUUUCCCCCAGAUACGUCUGCUUAUGAUGCGCUGAGCAGCUUUUUCUUUUUCUUUUUUUUAACGUCCAUCUAUGAAACGAAGGGGGCACCCAAUGGAUGCUUUGGCAAACCGUGUAGUCCCGCUCGGUAUCUUCAUCUUGUGUUUGAUUUAGCCUAGAAGCAGAGACACCUUGAUGAAACAGCAGGAACUACGAGGACUGUUGUUGCAAUGGAGUCGACUCUCUCACGGCACAAACCCCGUCUGUAAACCUACAACAUCUUGUUUCAUGGCGUUUUGCAGGUUGCUCUGUUCCGUGGGCUUCUCCACGUUUCUUUUCUGAAUUAUUACUGAAAUUUUUUUUUCUUGUUUUUUUUUUUUUUUUUUUUUCUUAAAGUGCAAAGGGAAAAUAACGACCACUGCUCGCCAAACUAUGAACGAGGAGAUGACCAAAAGCGAGGAGCAGCAUCUUAGUUUGCAGAAAGCCUUGCAGCAGUGCGAGUUGGUGCAAAAUAUGAUAGACAUAAGCAUUUCUAGUUUGGAGGGUUUACGGACCAAAUGUGCCACAUCCAACGACUUGACACAAAAAGAGAUACGAACGCUGGAGGGGAAGUUGGUGAAGUACUUCAGCCGCCAGCUGUCCUGUAAGUGCAAAGUGGCCUUAGAGGAGCGCAGUGCUGAUCUGGAGGACUUCCCCCGCCUCGGCCACUGGUUUCGCAUCGUCAACUUGAGGAAAGAGGUCACACAGGAGAUGAGCCCAGGUGAGGUGACCCUGGAGGGUCUGCUGGAGAUGAGCGAGGACCAAGUGUGUGAACUGCUGCAGAAGUUUGGUGCCAACGAAGAGGAGUGUGCCCGACUCAACGCCUCCCUCUCCUGCCUCAGAAAGGCCCACCAGCUCGAACAACUUGAGGAGGAUAAAUUUCACAGUAACGGAGGGAGCCAGGCGAAGCAGGACUGGUCAAUCCAGUGGCCCACCUCUGAAUCGGGCAAAGAAAACACCCCGGUGUGCCAGCCAGAGGCCAGUCAGUGGAUCCGGUUCCAGCUCUCCCAAAGCCCCAAAGUCCAGUCCAAGUACAACCAGCACAUGUGCCACAGCCCCCAGGCCCUGGCCCCCCCUUUGUACGUCGAUCGACUCACCGUCGACAACCCCGCCACAGGACUCUUCCCUCCCUUGGACUCUGGUCAUCGCUCCCUGCCCCCGUCACCCCGCCAGAGGCAUUUUGGCCACACACCUCCUCGGACUCCCUUGGUGAUCAACACCAUGACCCCACCGGGCACUCCUCCCAUGCGGCGAAGGAACAAAGUGAAGGCCCCAGGAACGCCACCUCCACCUAGCCGCAAACUCAUUCAUCUGCUGCCGGGCUUCACCGCACUGCAUCGCAGCAAAUCUCAUGAGUUCCAGCUGGGGAACCGUUUGGAUGACACGCAGACACCAAAAGCCAAGAAGAAGACCAAGCCCUUGAACCUUAAGAUCCACAGCAGUGUGGGCAGCUGUGAGAAUCUGCCCACGCAGCGCUCACCCCUCCACACCGAACGAUCUCUGCGAUCCUUCUUCUUCCCCUCUUUUAUCCCGUCCACACCUCCCGUCCACGCCGAAACGCCCUCUGCAAACACUCUCUCAGUGCCUCGCUGGUCCCCACAGAUUCCCCGAAGAGAUCUGGGAAACUCAAUAAAACAUAGGUUUUCCACCAAGUAUUGGAUGUCCCAGACAUGCAUAGUAUGUGGAAAGGGAAUGUUGUUUGGACUGAAAUGUAAAAACUGCAAGCUGAAGUGCCACAACAAAUGCACCAAAGAAGCCCCACCUUGCCAUUUACUGAUCAUACAGCGAGGCGGACGAGAAUCCCUCAAAGAUCACCAAGGAACGACUCAAGUCGCUCGUCUGGUACGGACUGAAUCAGUGCCAUGUGACAUCAACAACCCGCUCAGGUACACAGACCUGCACAUCAGUCAGACGCUCCCCAAAACCAACAAAAUCAACAAGGAUCACAUCCCAGUCCCGUACCAACCAGACUCCAGCAGUAAUCCCUCGUCCACCACCUCCUCCACCCCAUCCUCUCCGGCUCCUCCCCUGCCCAGCAGUGCCACGCCCCCCUCGCCACUGCACCCCUCUCCACAGUCAGCGAGGCAACAGAAGCAGUUCAACUUGACAGCCUCCAGUUAUUUCAAAUACAAACAACAGUUCAUCUUCCCAGAUGUUGCUCCGGAGGCUCCUCCCAGCAGAGCACCGCAGGUCAUCCUGCACCCUGUCCUGUCUGAACCAGGGAACGAGGGCAACCCUUUACUUCAAAUCGAAGUUGAACCUACAUCAGAUAACAGUUCAUUUUAUCUCAACACAGAAUGAGGAGGCAACGACGAGGACUCCGGCGAUGAGUUUGAGGAGAUGAACCUGUCACUCCUGUCGGCCCGUAACUUCCCGCGCAAGGCCAGCCAGACCAGCAUCUUCCUGCAGGAGUGGGACAUCCCGUUCGAGCAGCUGGAGAUCGGCGAGAUGAUCGGUAAGGGACGCUUCGGCAAGGUUUUCCACGGACGCUGGCACGGCGAGGUCGCCAUCCGCCUGAUUGACAUCGAGCGCGACAACGAGGACCAGCUGAAGGCCUUCAAGCGCGAGGUGAUGGCCUACCGCAACACUCGCCACGAGAAUGUGGUGCUGUUCAUGGGGGCCUGCAUGAGUCCUCCACAUCUGGCCAUUAUCACCAGCUUGUGUAAAGGAAGGACACUUUAUUCUGUGGUGCGGGAUGCCAAGGUUGUGCUGGAUGUUAACAAGACCCGACAGAUCGCACAAGAGAUGGUCAAGGGAAUGGGCUACCUCCACGCUAAGGGGAUCUUACACAAAGACAUGAAGUCCAAGAACGUAUUUUAUGACAAUGGCAAAGUCGUCAUCACCGACUUUGGGCUCUUCACCAUAUCUGGGGUGCUGCAGGCUGGCAGCCGGAGAGAAGAUAAACUGAGGAUCCCCAAUGGCUGGCUGUGUCACCUGGCCCCAGAAAUCAUCCAGCAGCUCUCUCCGGAAACAGAGGAGGACAAGCUUCCCUUCUCCAAACAGUCAGAUGUCUUUGCUUUCGGCACCAUCUGGUACGAGUUACACGCACGUGAGUGGCCUUACAAAAGUCAGCCAGCGGAGGUGAUCAUAUGGCAGAUUGGCAGCGGGAUGAAGCCCAACCUUGCCCAAACUGGCAUGGGGAAGGAGAUAUCAGACAUUCUGCUCCUCUGCUGGGCGUACAAGCAGGAAGAGCGGCCCAGCUUCUCCAAGCUGGUAGAUUUACUGGAAAAGUUGCCAAAACGGAACCGCCGCCUUUCCCACCCAGGGCACUUCUGGAAGUCAGCUGAGUAUGUCAAAUGAGUUAGGGACAAAACAAAACAAGCAAACAAAUCAGCAACUAUUAAAAAUCACCCGCCAUAACUCUACAUAAAUAACCCACCUCUUAAAGAAUGCACUGAAUCCAAAAGCCAGCCCAGUGAUGAAAACUGCCCGUGCUGUGUGUAUUUUCAUGGAAUGAUGGCAUGUGUGUGUACAGAUAAUUGACUGUCCAGCUUCUCAGAGCAGUCGGGACUCAUAUUUUCUUUGGUUUGAUUUAAACCAUACUGGAUAUCUUUCCUUUAUCUUUUUUUUUUUUUUGUCUUUUACUAUUGACUUGUUCCCUUCAUAAUAUUUGAUUCAUUUCCUGGAUGUUAUCUUGCUUGUAACUUUCGACUGAUCACUUCAUCCUGGACUUAAAAAACAACAAAAAACAACAACAAAAAAAAAAAAACACGUUUGAGAACAAAUGUAGAUUUUUUUUCUCCAUGUCUUUUUGUUUUGAAUGAAUGUAACUGUUGUACAUCACGCAUUGUAUAUUUUCAUGACAUCGUUUUGCCAUUCCUUAUGUCUGUCAGCUGUGUAGACCAUUCUGUCGGUGUUACCUCAUGGUCUCAUUGUGUGGAUGUCUGUACAGGUUACAUGUUUGUCUCAAAAAGCUUUAUUUAACUUAAAAAAUGUCCUCUUAUUUACACCGUACCAUUUGAAUGUGAAGAAGCCAGCGUCUCUGUUUGUGUGGGGGAUGUGUUGGCACGGUUCUUUGAUGGGAGACUGUUCUCUGAUCAGCCUGCGCUUUGAAUAUUCCCUCUGAACAUAAUUGAGACGUUUGAACAAUAACAGCCUCUGGAGAAAAAAGAAGCCGCUGGUCAGACCAGGACUCCCUCACUUGACGCUGUUCUGUGAAAACGCUGACACCUGAAAUGUAUCUCGUCAACUGUUGCAAAACUAAUUACCCUUCAGAAAUGCUACCACUGAGCCCCCCAACCCCCACCUCCCAGAAAUAAAUGUAUAUUAUUUACUUUAAAUCACUAUUGAUAGAUACAGAAUAUAAUAGAUACUGAUAAAAAUCUAAAGCAACUGUAUAGUCAGUGCAGUCAUUUUAAGUUAAUUCAAUCGAUACAUGAACUUUGUAGACCCUAAUCAGUGACAAAGUGUUUCUUUCUGAGUAGUGUACGAAACUGUUUUAUGAAAUAGUUUGAAACCGAUUAAAGACCUGUUGCCAACGGGCCUGGGUCUGAUGACAAGAGUGAUUUUGGAUCUGUACAGGAAAGAGAAGUUUUGGGAUUCCUAGCUCAGUAAUGAUGUGACUGUUAGACACAUAAAGGCAGAGCACAUGACCUUUAAAAAAGGCAAACAAAAACUCUUGAGUCAAAGUAAACCUCAAGUUUGUUUUUGGCUUUUUAAAAUUUGUUCGGAGUUGCUUAAAAGCAGUGUUGUAGUCACUUUGAGUUGAAACUCAUCAAAUUCAAAUCUCAUCCCAUCUUGGAUUUUUUAUUUAACUUGUUUUCUUUUACUUCAUUCUGUGCAUUUUUGAGAAUCGUUAUAUUUCCAAAACAUUUAAUCUAACAGGCAACACAUUGUGAGUGAAGUUUAAAAAUGAAGAUUAACUCUUCCAAAUCAUUGCUAGCUACCCAAAGAAACUUUCCAAUCAUUAAUUCAAUUACUUUAAUUAAUAAUUUACAAAUAAGCUGUAUAAAGGGAUGUUCAGACUGAAAGCAAAGUGAAUUUUAGAGGCAGUUCAGAGAUGGAUGUGAACGCUGGAUUCAGUCUAGGUGGAGCUAAUUAAAGCGAGACUGUGCAACUGUUGCUGAGGCUUCAAGAGACAGUUAUGACAGAUAACUUCUACCACUAUGUUUAGCAUUUACUUAAAAUAUCAAACUAUUUCAAGAGAAGAGGAAGUGGAGAAGAGUCACAAGCUCAAUGUCAGUGUUUAGCUAAUGUUUGUCAGGAUUAGCUAACGUUAGCCACCAUAAACUACAGUCAGAUCAAACUGUCGUAAAGUUACAUAAUCUUGCUUUAAGGAAAAGUAGGUUCAUUCAAAUAAAACAUUUUCAUCUUAUUUUAUGAAAUUAGUUUACUGCGACAAGAGGAAGAGGACAGGCGUGGGUAAUGCUAACUAGCUCUGUCUAACACGGAUAAAUGAAGCAAGGGGAAAAUGUGCUUUGUGUUCAGUCUGAAUGAACUUUAAAAAUGAAUUUUGUAUAAGUUGUUCAGCAGACAAUGACCAUAUGUCACUUCCUGCAACUUAAUCAAUUCUUGUUUUGAUUAUAUCCACCAUUUUCAGAUGUUAUACAGGUCGCCUGGUGAAGCACUGUAACUAUACUUUUACACUCCAAACAGAAAAUGCAUUUCACUUACCAUUCUGAUAAUUGGCAUUCUGUAGAUUUAUUUUAUUUAUUUAUUUUUGACUUGGAGAUAACAGCCUUUGGUUUUGAUUAAUGUAUUUAACAAAAUAGACUUUGGUCUUGUCUUGGCUACUCCUGACUACAACACUGCUAAAAGGGUGACUGUGUAGGACAAAUUAAUCUUAAACUUGCCUUCUUGUUUUUAUAUAUAUCUUUAAAGAUUUUAUUUUCACAAAGUUAAAAAGUGAAUUGACGUCUUGCAUUACAAAGUUAAAGUAACAAGUAAGUAACUUCAAUCUGGCUGAACUUUCCCUUUAACAUAUCAGAAAAAAGACAUAUCAGGAUACUGAAGACAACCCCAGGCCAUUUUCUACUUCACACUGUAAAUCAUAAUAUAUUUUAAAUGUAUGUGUUAGAGAUAUAGCAAAUCCGAGUCAUAUCAUCAUGAAUUGGAAGUUGUGGCGUCAUUCGAGCUGUAUACUGCUUUUGACUCUCUCUAGCCACGUCGAAUAGAGACAAUCAAAUCAUGUUAAAUAGCCAUUUUCCACCUCAUUAUUUACACAUCUGCCAGUGUUGGAAAAUGCAUACAAACAAUCUGCUGCUGUUUUUUGGAGUCUGUCUGUCUAUUUUGGAAUUGCUGGGAUUCAAAUAUUGUAAGUGAAUCAUUUAUAUUUGUACUGUUUACAACUUUCAAGUGCAUGAGAUGGACUAUCAAAGAUUGAUUCUUGUUAUGAAAAAAAAAAUCCUUCAACACUAUAUAUAAAAAGUAUGUGAGCAUUUUUCUGAUGAACUGUUGUCCAUUGAGCAGUUUGAUCUCAAUACCUAAUGAAGUUUUACGUCAGGCUUUGCAAAACUUUUCAACAGCUUUGUUUGAGAUUGUUUCAGUAUAUUUAUAGAUUAUAUAAAUGAUUAGACUAGCAUUUAAAUAAAAAAGAGUUACGACCUGUGCACAUGCUAGAGUUGACAACCUGACUGGACAACAAUCAAAGAUCUAACAUUAGUGCCAAGUGUACAUAACAGAUUGUAGACUAUGUUUUAUCGUCACUUGCCGUAAUACCAAUAUUCCUUGUGAAUCUUUUGACUUCUUUCUUUUGAAUGUACAAAUUGUGUUGUGUUUUUUGGUUGCUUUUGGUUUUUUUUUUUUGUUCAUUUAAAUUUCUUUUCCUCCAUUUUCCUUCUACUUGCAUAAGCAUUGAUGCUGUGUCGUUCUUUUCCCCUUGAUUCCCGUCCUUGUAUUGUAGAUGAUAGCUCCAAAAAGCUUGUAUUUAAUGAUGCCUUAUGGUCCAUGGCUUAGUGAUGAGUAGAUUUUGAUCACAAGCUCUUUUAUUUGCACUCAUCCUUUACAAAAGUGUAUGACAAUAAAAAGAUGUUUUCAUUUUGGA